GGUUGGGAAAAAUCGCAGGGCGUUAUUUUUUUUUCACCCUUCUCCCGAUUCUCUCAUCUCUCUCUCUUCUCCGGAGAUUUCAACGACGAAUCAACAUCCCCAAUCGAUCUGCUGCCUCAUCGACGCUGCUUCGCUGCUUCGCCGAUUCAAACCCAAACGAGCUCCGCCGGAGAUUUGAAGGACGAAUCGACAUCCCCAAUUGAUCUGCUGCCUCAUCGACUCUUCUCCACCGAUUCAAACCUAAUCGAGGUUAACAUGGGACUUGAUUACAGCUACUCUCAGCCUUCCUCAUCUGAGGCGUACGGUGACAAUGCAGCUGACAGUGGGUUCAGCGAAACAGAAGAGCUUAUUCGUCAGGACCAAGCUGAGCUUGACACACAGCGAACGACGGUUCAGUUCCCUCCUCAACCCGAGGUAGAGUUCGGAUUCCCUCAAACAUGUUACUGCGGUGCGCGUCCACUUCUUGCAACAUCUCUGAGUAGAAACAAUCAAGGGAGAUUAUACUAUACGUGUGCGAAUGUAGAUGAUGGUGAUUGCCAUAUAUGGAAAUGGUGGGACCAAGCUGUAAUGGAGGAGAUGAGAGCCCGGGAUUCUCACACACUUCAGUUGGCUGAGAAGGUUGAUUAUCUUGCCGGUAUGAGUGACUACGGGACAGAGCUUAACCUUCUUAAGGAUCACCAAUACGAGACUCAGCAAAAACUGGUGAGGCUACAAUCACUCGUGUCCGACAUAGGUAAUAAGAAAUCAACCUCUUCCUUUGGCUUUGGCUUUCAAUACGUUGUAGGUCUACUCGUGAUUGUGGUAGUCAUAAUAGGCUGCUUAAUGGUUCGUUAGUCAUGGUCUCGUCUAUUUUACAUGAUCUAGGUUGAAUUAUGGAUUAUGUGUAAUGUGUAAUGACUUUGUACUGAAUUUGUAACCUUAUGUAAUGACUUAAUGUAUCAACUUUGAAUUAUGGAUUAUGCGUUAUGUGUAAUGUAUCAACUUUGAAUUAUUUAUGUGUAAUGCAUGUGGCUUUUGGUUUGAUCCCGUGACUUACCUAUACUACCGACAUCUCCUUCCUCUCAAUAUGAUCCCGUGAAUUUGUACUGACAUCCACCAUCCCCUCUUUGCUAUCCCGUGAGUUUACAGCAGUCAGUAAAUACAAAAAUGCACCACUUCAAAAAAUCCUAUAAGUAGAAGUGUGCGUUUAUUUAUUUGAAAAUCACCACUUCUCAAUCUAUUCUCAAAACAAUUUCUCUCUUUUAAAAAUUGCUCAUGGCAUCUUCUUCCCAUUAUCAUUAUCAUAAUGAUGAUGAUGAUGAUAAUGAAUUUGAAACUCUAGUUGAAGAAUGCUUUCAAAUCCCUGAUAAUAUUCCCGAACCAAAAGAGAGAAAAAAACGCAUUUAUAUCGAGAGAAACCGGGAAAAAGGUCACAUUCAGCUUUGGAAUGAUUACUUUUCUGAAACUCCAACAUAUCCUCCUAAUAUUUUCCGUCGGCGAUUUCGAAUGACCAAACCAUUGUUCUUGCGUAUUGUGCAUCGUCUUGCAACAGAAGUAGAGUAUUUUCAACAAUGCGAAGAUGCUGUCGGACGGGCUAGUCUAUCUCCGCUCCAAAAAUGUACCGCUGCAAUUCGUCAAUUGGCGUAUGGUGGUGGGUCUGAUACAGUUGACGAGUAUGUACGAAUUGGUGAAACUACAGCUCGGAAAUGUUUGUAUCAAUUUACCGCCGGAAUUGUCCAGUUGUUUGGCGAUGAAUAUCUUAGACGUCCCACCCCGGAGGAUCUGGAAAGACUACUCCAUAUUGGAGAAGAACGUGGAUUUCCAGGGAUGGUUGGAAGUAUCGAUUGCAUGCAUUGGCAGUGGAAGAAUUGCCCCACCGCUUGGAAAGGUAUGUAUUCACGAGGAACCGGAAAACCAACAAUUGUGUUGGAGGCGGUAGCUUCACAGGACCUCUGGAUAUGGCACGCGUUUUUUGGAGCUCCAGGUACUAUGAACGAUCUUAAUAUUCUUGACCGUUCACAUGUUUUUGAUGAAAUUAUAAACGGAAACGCUCCGGAAGUCAAUUUCAAUGUCAACGGAACUGAGUACCAUUUGGGUUACUAUCUGGCGGAUGGUAUUUAUCCCAAAUGGGCUACUUUUAUUCAAUCUAUCCGACUCCCGCAAGGUCCAAAAAAUAGCUUAUUUGCUCAAAAACAAGAAGCCGUGCGAAAAGAUGUUGAGCGCGCCUUCGGAGUUCUGCAAGCAAGAUUCGCAGUUGUUAGAAAUCCAUCUAAUUUAUGGGAUAAAUAUAAAAUAGGAAAUAUUAUGAAAGCAUGUAUAAUACUUCAUAAUAUGAUUGUCGAAAAUGAACGAGGUUCAUACACUCAGCACGCUUCAGAAUUUCAACAAGGAGAAGAUGUGGAUCCUACAUUUGUAGUCAGGAGGAGUACAAAUCUCGGUACUAUAUUGGGUCGUCGAGCAGAAGUUCGGGAUAAACAAAGCCAUCAACAAUUAAAAAAAGAUUUGAUUGAAAAUAUAUGGGAUAAAUUUGGAAAUCUCCCGAAUAACUACAAUGUUUAGAAAAAUUUGGACGGAAAAAUUAUUAAAUAAAAUGUAUGUUCCUGUUUUUUUCCAUGUUUGUAUUUUUUUUUCCAACUUUGUAAUUUUCUCAUAUUUUCAGUUUUAAUAAUGUUUUAUAUGUUUUAUUUUAAAUUUUCCUUUUAUAUGUCAUUACUUACUUAAAUAAAUAAUUAUUUAGCUAAGAAACUUUAGAAAGUCCUACCAAUAAUCUAAUUAUUGACAAUUGUCCUUAACUAUUGUCCUUAACCACAAAAUAACAUUUAUUUAUUGUAAGGACUUUGAAAUUGGUCCUUGCAAUAAUCAUGCUCUUAAGAGUUUCUCUUAUAUUCAGUUGCAAAGUGUGGCUAGUCAAUCGAAGGAUAUUGAAUGAGCAAUAGAGUAUGCCAUAAGUACUAUCUGCCUUAGUAGUUAGAUACACACGCAGUUGUGUUCUUACCAUGUAUAAUAGAAUCAUAUUCAACAUAAUGAUAACAAAACAACUAUUCAUAUAGUUAUUAUCAGCACUAUGAUUUUUUUCAAAUACAAGAAGAAAAAGAGUCAUCUCUAUGUAACUUGAUAAUAAAGUGUCUUUGUUAUGUUUGACGUUAUAUCAAAGAAAACCUAAUUCUUGAACCCUGGUAAAUCAUUCUUGGUCAUCAAAUGAGUUCUUUUUUUUGCUAGAAUUUGGUGCAUUAAAUUAAAUGUGGAGGUCAUCAAAUGAGUUGUUUGUGAGAAGUAUGAACCUCAAAAGACAUGACAUAUAAUAUCAGAAAAACCUCACGUUCCCACAAUAAAUUUCAUGCAGAAGAAGCCAGGCUAUAGUUUAGAAUGGCCCUCAUUCUUAUCUCAAACCAGCUUAGCCCGUCCCGGGUCUAGUGAUAUAUCACUUCGGUCUGAUCCAAAUACUCUCUUUUUUUUUAUCUUUUUCAUGACUGAAACUUAAAAUGCAUGAGAAAACACGCAGAGGAGUUAAUAUACAAAAGAUGUUACUCUGUUCUAAGGAGCAUGGUGGUGAUAUGUUUAGUUUUACGGCUCAAAGACUAACGAUUCUCAGUUACAAAAAAAAAAAAAAA